CUACCUCGCAGUCACGUUUGUAUUCUAAGUAUAUCUCUUCGUCGGAAUGAAGCGUUCUUAAGGUGUUGAUUUUUAGGCCACGUACAUUGCAAAGGGAUAGCUAUGACGAACACCGGCAUACGGGGAAACUUCCCAAGGGUUGUGUUCUCGGUCUCUGUCGUUCUGUUGUUGUUUGCCUGUAUUGUUAUCGGUUUUGUGGGUGGUCAUGAACACGGCCAUAGCCAUGAACAACCGGAAGAAAACCCGUCAUUUAAGUAUUCGAAGAAAGCUAAUGUAGAAGAUGAUCAUGGACAUGCACACGACCAUGGACAUGGGCACGCACAUGGACAUGGUCACGCUCAUGGACACGCAGACGAUACACAACCGCCGAUCGCCAGCAAGACUGUCCGUAGAGAAUCUGGCCUGAUGCUUUGGGUUCAAGCCAUAGGGGCCACGUUUAUCAUAAGCAUAUCACCUGUAUUUAUUCUCUUAUUUAUUCCAUUAGAAAACACAAAGGAAAGUUCACCGUUGUUGAAAGUUUUACUAAGCUUUGCCUCAGGUGGUCUCCUUGGUGAUGCAUUCCUUCAUCUUAUACCACAUGCCGUCUCGCCCCAUAGCCAUGGCGAGGAACAUUCCCACAGCCAUAGCCAUGGUCAUUCCCAUGAAGGGGAAGGUGGACAUUCACAUGACAUGUCCAUCGGUUUAUGGGUACUUGCUGGAAUUGUCGCUUUCCUUAUUGUGGAGAAAUUUGUUCGUUAUGUUAAAGGUGGACACUCCCAUUCCCAUAGUCAUGGGGCAAUAAAGGCACCAGCCAAAAAGGACACUAAAAAGGAGGAUUCAAAAACCACUGAUGAAGGGAAAACUAACAAGAAAGAUGAUACUGUUGGUAAAAAAGAAACGAAAAGUCCAGCUGAACCGGUAGAGGAUAUCAAGGUGGCUGGCUACCUUAACCUUGCUGCAGAUUUUGCUCACAAUUUUACGGAUGGACUAGCGAUUGGGGCAUCUUUCCUGAUGGGCCGCAACCUUGGAAUCAUCACGACAAUCACAAUAUUUCUACACGAGAUUCCACAUGAAAUUGGAGAUUUUGCAAUUCUUGUCCAAUCUGGCUGCACAAAAAGAAAGGCCAUGAUGUUGCAGUUCUCCACAGCUAUUGGAGCCAUGCUAGGGACAGUAUGCAGUCUGCUUGCAGAAGGUGUCGGGGAAGCAGCUACUGUCUGGAUUCUUCCAUUUACUGCAGGAGGGUUUAUCUAUAUAGCUACAGUGUCUGUUAUACCAGAGCUGUUGGAAGACUCUACUCUAGGUCAAUCUGUAAAGGAAAUCUUCGCACUUCUAGUCGGUAUAUAUAUGAUGGUCCUCAUAGGGCAGUAUGAGUAGGCAGGGAGUCCGUUUCACAAUAGGGGUGAUUUCAUCUAAAGAAAUAUCACAAAUACUUGUCUAAUUAUUUCAUUCAUAAAAAAAAUAAUUCUUCAGGUUGUGUGAGGACCUCUUUUGCAUUUAGUAGUCUAAACAUUAAUUGGAUUUCUAUUUCAAUGCAUCAGAUGUAUAUUGAUGAUACAUAUCUCCUACACAUAAAGAGUUUUAAUCUUCUGUACAGGUUUUAUGUGCCAUUGUAUGUCAGAUGUUGUGGAGAAAAAGAGAAUUGAAUACAUAUAUUGUAUUAUAUGGCAUGGACAUGAACUGUAAUAGAUAUUAAAAAGUUAAAAUUCAGAGUGUCUGGUACAUAUAUAGAAAAUUAGUAAAAUUGGAGAACUUCUGAUUAGUAAAACUAAUGGAAGUGUUUUAAAAUUCUGUACAGUUUAUGUCUUGUGCCAUUGUAUAUCAGAUAGAGUAGAGAAAAUGAAAAUUGCAUGUGUUGUGUGAUAUGACAUGAACUGUAAUAUACAUGUAUAUUAGAAAGUUAAAAAAAGCAUACCAAAAUGCUUGUGCUUUACUAAUCAAAGGCAUUUUCAAUUUCAUUAUUUAUAUAUAUAUAUUAAAAUAACUUCAAACAACACUUCAAUUUAAGCAUAAGUCACCAGACACUGUGAAUUCAGCUAUAUGUUUAUAUAUAUAUACCUGUGCAUGUGUGUGUGAGAGAGGUUAUCUUACUUAAACAUAACUUAUCAAUGUGACAGUGACUGUUUGCUAAUCAUUUAAACAUAGUACUCAGCCAGCCAAAAUUAUUUACACAAAACCAUCAACUCAAUGAUUCACUAGUAUCAGUGACAUCAAAUAAGUUAUUUACAUAAGUACAUUAUCAGGUAACAAAAUUAUCCAAAUGUUUUAUUAUAAGCUGCUUCAGUGUAUAACUUUAUGGAAACCAAAGACAUGUCAUGCUAGUACUAGAAUUUAAUGCCCAGAUUAAUGUACAGUUUUACACAGCAGGUCUCUAUAAAUGGAAUCUGGAGUUGUAGGUAGGAUUAGGAAGAUGUAUUCUGUUAGACAUGAUGGCAAUGCAAAGUCAUUGUUAUUCUAGGAAAUAAUCUUGCACAUGGCAGAUAUCAAGUAUUUAUGCUGCAAUAUCACAAAAAAGGCGAACUUUUAUGUCAGAAUAUGACUGAUUUAACAACACAAAGACACGGUACAAAGGACUCUAUACAGGUGAGGUAAUGUUGUUGGUACAUAGGUAGGGUGCUCUAUGUGUUUUAGGGAUAUUAAGAGGAUGUAUUCUCGACCUCCAUGUAAAAAACUAUUAUUACAUGUACAUUUAGUAGCAUAUAUACACUGUGAAUUAUGAAUCUCUAAGGUAGUGUCUCAACAGUCCGAAGGUACCAGUUAUAGAAUCAUAUAGGAUAUUUGUGGUAGGCAGAAGAAAGUACGUGUGUAAACUGUGUAUACAUUUUGGAAAGACUGGGUACAUUGAUUCAGGUUUUGGUACAUAUUUAAUCUGAGUGUAGCUACAUGUGUAAACUGUGUGCAAGUUUUGGAAAGACUUGAUAUACUGGCUUAGGUUUUGGUACAUAUUUAAACUGUGUGUAGCUACAUAUUUAAACUGUGUGUAGCUACAUAUUUAAACUGUGUGUAAGUUUUGGAAAGACUUAAUAUGUUGGCUUAGGUUUUGGUACAUAUUUAAACUGAGUGUAGCUACAUGUGUAAACUGUGUGCAAGCUUUGGAAAGACUUGAUAUACUGGCUUAGGUUUUGGUACAUAUUUAAACUGUGUGUAGCUACAUAUUUAAACUGUGUGUAGCUACAUAUUUAAACUGUGUGUAAGUUUUGGAAAGACUUAAUAUGUUGGCUUAAGUUUUGGUACAUAUUUAAACUGAGUGUAGCUACAUGUGUAAACUGUGUGCAAGCUUUGGAAAGACUUGAUAUACUGGCUUAGGUUUUGGUACAUAUUUAAACUGUGUGUAGCUACAUAUUUAAACUGUGUGUAGCUACAUAUUUAAACUGUGUGUAAGUUUUGGAAAGACUUAAUAUGUUGGCUUAGGUUUUGGUACAUAUUUAAACUGAGUGUAGCUACAUGUGUAAACUGUGUGCAAGCUUUGGAAAGACUUGAUAUACUGGCUUAGGUUUUGGUACAUAUUUAAACUGUGUGUAGCUACAUAUUUAAACUGUGUGUAAGUUUUGGAAAGACUUAAUAUGUUGGCUUAAGUUUUGGUACAUAUUUAAAUUAUGUGUAAGUACAUUUGUUAACUGUGUGUAAGUUUAGGAAAGUCUGGAUAUGUUUUGGCUGAGGUUUUGGUAAAUGCAUGUGUAAACUUUGUUCAAGAUUUUGAAAUGACUGGAUAUAAUGGCUUAGCUUUUGGUACACAUUUAAACUGUGUAUGUACAUGUGUAAGCUGUGUGUAAGUUUAAGAAAGUCUGGUUAUGCUGGCUGAGGUUUUAGGAACAUGUAUGUACUGUUCACAGUUAAAUGAGAAUAUCUAAGAGAUAAACACUUACUCAACACUAUCAGUCCAGGACAGAGACCCUUGUGAUGGAUGUGUGGAUAUGUAUUUUGUAAAAAGUAAUGUGGUUGUGGGAAAAUAAUGCUUUACUUUAAUUUGACUUACUUUAAAUAUUGUACUAGCCAUAGGGUAGAGGAAUAAAGGUUCAGAGGAAACAGAGUUUAAAAGUCUCUUGAAGUGCUAAGAAUCAUAUGGUCUUGAAAUAAUUAAUUUAAAAUACUGAAAUGCCCGUUUUUCUGGAAUAAUGUAUAAAUAUAUAAUCUAUCAUUCAUCACAUUCUUUGGUGAACCAUGGUUUUAGACCGAUAUUAUACAUGUAUGUUACAUGCUGUCGUUAUAACAUCGUAAUGUACAUUUAUCAUCACUGUAACACUACAAGUUACAAGAUUUCAUGUGAUUUACAACACCUGUUACCAGGACAUGUGAGUUCUGAAUACAUAAUUAUAAAUGUUAUAAAUAAAUGGUGAAUGAAAAGUA